ACGUCAUCACGUCGCUGGAACCCUCAGCUGUCAGACUUUGGCCACCCCGGCGAAGGUUUUGUUAGCAAACUAAGUCGAACUGCUCAGCUUUUUCAAAGUUUAAAGUUGUGCACCUUGCUGCUAGUCGUUCUUUGAGCAGGUUAUUGGCGCACUAGACUUGCACUAAGGCAGAUUGCCUACUUUUUUUUUAAUCGCUGCUAGAUCUUUGCACCCGCGAAGCAGCGUUCCUGAGCGGGUACAAGAGUAGAUGCAGGGAGGGAGGGAGUAGAAAAAAAAGGCAAAAGUCUUUGUGCUUCCCUUCCCCCUCAUCAAAGCAAAGGGGAAAUGUCUCUAUCUAAAGCAGGUAGGAAGAAGAAUCCGGGGCCGAAGCUGCCCAAAGAUGCAUUUUCACCACUGCCUUCUCAGGCUGCAGCGCCCCCUCGAGACCUUGACUCUAGAGCUUGUGUCACAAUUGGAGAUCAGAACUUUGUGGUCGAAGCAGAUGACUUGGAGCAGAUUGAAGAGCUGGGAAGGGGCGCCUACGGAGUGGUGGACAAGAUGAAACAUGUUCCCAGUGGUGUGAUCAUGGCGGUCAAGAGGAUUCGUGCCACAGUUAAUACUCUAGAGCAGAAGAGGCUUCUGAUGGACCUGGACAUUUCCAUGAGAACAGUGGACUGCUUCUAUACUGUGACUUUUUACGGUGCCCUUUUUAGAGAGGGAGAUGUUUGGAUCUGCAUGGAAUUGAUGGACACGUCUUUGGAUAAGUUCUAUAAAAAGGUUUUUCAAAAAGGCCAAACAAUUCCCGAAGACAUCUUGGGCAAGAUCACAGUAGCAAUUGUCAAGGCAUUAGAGCAUCUGCACCAUAACCUCUCAGUGAUUCACAGAGAUGUGAAGCCCUCCAAUGUCCUGAUCAACGCUCAGGGCCAAGUGAAAAUGUGCGACUUUGGCAUCAGUGGCCACCUGGUGGAUUCUGUGGCCAAAACAAUGGACGCAGGCUGCAAGCCCUACAUGGCGCCUGAGAGGAUCAACCCUGACCUCAACCAGCAGGGCUACAGUGUCAAAUCAGACAUCUGGAGUCUGGGCAUCACCAUGAUCGAGCUGGCCAUUUUAAAAUUCCCCUACGACUCAUGGGGCACCCCGUUCCAGCAGCUCAAGCAGGUGGUGGAUGAGCCGUCUCCACAGCUGCCUGCAGACCGCUUCUCCCCCGAGUUUGUAGACUUCAUCUCGCAGUGCUUAAGCAAGAAGCCAGAUGAAAGACCAGCCUACACAGAAUUAAUGAAACACCCGUUUUUCACCCUCCAUGAUGCUAAAGAGACAGAUGUGGCCAGCUUCGUCAAGAUCAUCCUGGAUGAUUGAUGGGCUCACUCCAGGCUCCACCUCGUCAACCUGGGCAGGACCUGUCAUCAGAAGAACCAAUGGCCCCACCUGCUCCUUUUUUUUUUUUAAAUAAGUAAAAAAGAAAAAAAAACCUCACUGGAAUGAUGGACUCUCGUUCACCCACAGAAUGGGAGGGUAACUCAAAGACUUGACAGCAGCUCUGGACAGGGAGAGCGGUGGUAACGUGAACUUUUACGGUCAACUGGAGAGGUUCCAUUCACUCCUCUAGGCUUUCUGUGUGGGCAGCUCUCCCGCCUGACAAAAUAUGAACUUAAUCAAAUUAGCUGUUUUAAUCCUGUUUUUUAUUUGCCCCCCACCCUCCAUCUCUCUUUUCAGAAUGACAGAGCCAGCCCAUUAUAUGUUUGUGAAAUGUUGUUGAUGAAUUUCAUAUGCAAAACCAACAGUUAACGUGUAUGUUGCUGUGUGCUGAAAGCUGUAUUUGCGUAUUUGUUUUUCUUCCUCAUAAUACAGAUUUUAUUUUUUUUUAAUACUCUUUGUGAUUGACAAGUGUGAAUACUACGGGACUCGACCCUACCAUGUCGGAUCCACUUCUGCCAUGAUGUGAUUGGUCAGAGCAAGGGCUGCGGCCAGUGGGAGGCUCUGGGGCUAUUCAGUAAAAACUGAAUAAAAAUGUCAGAGGGUCACCUUCUGGGCAGGCCGAGUCAUUCCUGGAGCACCCGAUGGUGUGAAUGUAAAGCAUCCCAUAUCAACUUCUAUCAGAGGCUGUGACCACUCUGUAUUCUUCGUCUUUCUCGAGUAUCAAAGAGUCAGCUCCAGUGUUGUGAUUGUUACUACCUGGAAGUAUUCAGGGUUUGCAUAAUCAAGCUUAAAGCUUUAUCUCUUUCUAUGUGCCAUUUCGCAAGUUGUUCUAAUGAAAAAACUGCAUUAUUAGUUUUUCUUUUGUUUUUAUUUUGUUUUUACUUGUUCUGGUUUGGAUUUUAUUUCAUCAAUAUUUCAAAAGUUUUCUCUGCCCGUGCCCAUAUUUUGAAAUCGAUAGUCUUUUUGGAAGAGGCAUUUAUGUGUUUUUGUGUUUUAAUUGUUUCAAAGAGCUUAUUAUGCCUUACAGAGACGGUGUGUUAGAGAAGUAAUUUAUAUGCUGAAGAUGUAAAUAUUAUUUCCUUUUUUUUUAAUGUAACAUGACACUGUCCAAACCUGUCACAGUGUAGCUGAAUGGUAAUCGUUGGUAUUAGUUUGAAUGCAGUGUGAUGGAUACACACAGACCGUACUCAUAUGGCCAGCUAAAUAUAUAUCUUUUAGGACUGAUGUGCUGUCAAACUCCACUGCUCAGGUUUUCUGUGUUUUCUUCUACAGUAUACAGAGAUUACCUUGUUUGGAAGGUAUUAGCUAUUUCUGUCAGACCAUACAUACUAUGCAAAGGCAGUUUUGCUUCUCAGAAUCUUCAGAAACCAGUGAAAGGACAACAGCGGUCUGUGCUUCAUCUGUCUGUUUUAAGUAUAAGGGAAAACUAGCAACACUCUGGAAGCUGCUGUUCUUUAACUCCCCCUCCUAUCCCUUUCCAGUUGGCCUUUAAAUGACCAAUCCCUUUAUGUAUAAAAAUCUUUUUCUCUUUUUUUUUUUUUUUUACACUGAUCACAGUAAGAAUGGAACACUUGCUCUACCUCUUACUCCUUCACUCUGUUUGCCACCUUAUCAUUGGGUGGCACUGACAAACUUGAACUAUGGAAAGACAGAAAAAUAAAGGGUUUAUUGUUCAGUAAA